UUUGCGGCCCUGAGCGGCCGGUUUCCGGAAGUCGAAGUUUCCUCCUCCUGUGGCUCUCGUCGUUCUGUGUGCCGUUGGCGAUUAGGCGGAGGAGAAGGCAGCGUUGCUGGCGGCCAGAGGGGCCUGAAGAGGAGGAAGGGAGAGUGGGGCUCGCAGGGGACCUAGGCCGGGCCUGGGGGUCAUUUCUCGCCAUCGCCGCCACGAUGCUCAAUAUGUGGAAGGUCCGGGAGCUGGUGGACAAGGCCACCAAUGUGGUUAUGAAUUAUUCAGAAAUAGAGUCUAAGGUUCGAGAAGCAACCAAUGAUGAUCCAUGGGGACCUUCAGGGCAACUAAUGGGAGAGAUUGCCAAGGCCACCUUUAUGUAUGAACAGUUUCCAGAACUUAUGAACAUGCUUUGGACACGAAUGCUAAAAGACAACAAAAAGAAUUGGAGGAGAGUUUAUAAGUCUCUACUGCUCCUAUCUUACCUCAUAAGGAAUGGAUCAGAGCGUGUUGUUACAAGUGCCAGAGAACACAUUUAUGAUUUGCGAUCCCUGGAAAAUUACCACUUUGUAGAUGAAAAUGGCAAAGAUCAAGGUAUAAAUAUACGCCAGAAAGUAAAAGAAAUGGUAGAAUUUGCCCAGGAUGAUGACAGACUUCGCGAAGAGAGGAAAAAAGCAAAGAAAAACAAAGAUAAAUAUAUUGGCGUUUCUUCUGACAGUGUUGGCGGAUUCAGAUACAGUGAAAGAUAUGACACUGAGCCCAAGUCAAAAUGGGAUGAAGAAUGGGAUAAAAACAAAGGCGGAUUUCCAUUCAGUGAUAAACUAGGUGAGCUGAGUGAUAAAAUUGGGAGCACAAUUGAUGACACCAUCAGCAAGUUCCGAAGGAAAGACAGAGAGGAUUCUCCAGAAAGAUGCAGUGAUAGCGAUGAAGAAAAGAAAUCCAGAAGAGCUAAAUCACCCAAAGGUGAAUUCAAAGAUGAAGAGGAGACAGUGACUACAAAACACAUCCAUAUUACCCAAGCCACAGAGACCACAACCACCAGGCACAAACGCACAGCAAAUCCUUCAAAAACCAUUGACCUGGGAGCAGCUGCACAUUACACAGGGGACAAAGGAAGUCCGGAUCAGAAUGCUGCGGUUCACACACCACAGUCUACAACAAAGGUUUCUGGCAACAAGUCAUCCAACGAUCUGGUAGAUCUUUUGUUUGAUGGUACCGAUCAGUCGAUCCCAACAGGAAGAGUAAUGUCCAGAUGGAGAUUAUACCUGCCGACGUUAAUCUGGAUGGACACACAUCGUCUCUCAUUUGUUUCAGUUCAUGGACUGGGGCAUUUGUUGUGUGCCUUUCACAAAGUCCCUUAUCUUUCUUUUUCCUCCCCAGGCACAGCUACAAGUGGGAAUGGAGAGUUUGGUGACUGGAGUGCCUUCAACCAAGCCUCUCCAAGCCCUGCUGCUGCGUCUGGAGAGCUCUUUGGUGGGCCUGCUCAGCCAGCUGUUGAGCUCUUUAGUGGAUCUGCUCAGCAGAGCCUUGGCCAGCCUCCAGCUGCUUCAAAUGCUGCUGACCUCUUUGAUUUGAUGGGUGCCUCCCAAGCCACCAUGACCUCUUCCCAAAGCAUGAAUUUUUCCAUGAUGGGUUCUAACACUGUCAGCAUUAAUCUACCUAUGUCAAGAUCCCAGCCUUUGCAAAAUGUCAACCCAAUGAUGCAGAAACCCAAUCAACUUUAUAACCUGGGUGCAGAGAUUGUCCCCAAAAAUAUAGGCAAAACCCUGCCAUCCACUUGGUCAGAUCCCAGUGUUAAUAUCAGUUUGGACAAUUUAGUUCCUGGUAUGCAACCUUCUAAGCCACAGCAACCAUCACUGAACACAAUGAUUCAACAACAGAAUAUGCAACAACCUAUGAAUGUGAUGUCUCAGAAUUUUGCAACCAUGAGCCUCAACUCACCACCCAGCAUGAUGCCUGUUCGACCUCCGGCAAAUCCACUGAUGGGAGGACCCAUUUCUGUAGGGAUGGGAAUGCCUACGGUGAUGACUGGCACAAUGGGCAUGGCUUCCAUGGGAAGCACACCUAUGAUGAAUCAGGGCAUGAUGGGAAUGAAUGUUAACAUGGCAGUGCCAGCUUCUGGAAUGGGUUUGUCAGGUACGAUGGGCAUGAGUGUUCCUAAUAUAGCUGUGGCAGCCUCCAUGACUCCUGGGACUGUGCAACCGAAGCAAGAUGCCUUUGCAAAUUUUGCCAAUUUUAGCAAAUAAAGAUUGUAAACUAAUCAGAUUCAAUGAAGGAUUUUAGCUGCACAAAUAAAGCUGGGAUAAGGGUGGGAAAUGCUGAUCAAAUGCUUUUUUUUUUCCUUUUAUUGCUUACUUUUAAA